AUGGUUGCCGCAAAAUUCGGAUUUUCUGAAUUUCAAAAAAUUUCUAGACAAUUUUGGCAAAGAAUUUGGGUUGAAAAUAAGGCGUUAAAUUCAGAAAAGGAUUUGGAAGAGGCUCUUAAUUCCUCCCAAAUUUGUUUGGAUUUUAAUUUGAACGAGAAUUCAUUUUCAAAUGAUGAAUGGUGUAAUAGACUAAACGAAAACCAUAGAGAGGCAGUUGAAGCAAAGUGUUUUGGCAUCCCGUGGACUGUUCUUCACUUUGAAAACGAUUUAAAUUCAGAAAAUCAAGCAAAAGAAUUUUUUGGCAUAGAUUCUUGGCCUCUAAUUUGUCAAUAUUUAAAAAUACCUCAGAAAAUGUUUGGCGAUGUUUUGUUGUUUUAA